UGGUGAUGGUGGUGGUGGGGGGUGAUGGUGUGAGAGUGAUGGGGGUAAGGGAGUGGUGGUGAUGGUGGUGGGGGGGAGAAUGACGCUGACGCACGAAGCCGCGCGCCUCAUUCCUGCGCAGCGGAGUUUGAGAAACCGGCUCGGCCAGAGGCAGGCGGCCCCCCCCCCACUCCUCGCAACUUGUCGCUGCUGCGUGCAAGCCUCACGCAGAAGCAGCAGAAGCAGCAGCAGUCUUCAGCAUACACACAGCAACAGCAGCAGUAGUCUUCAACUUACACACAGGGCAAGGGAACACAACAACAGCAGAAGCAGUCUUCAACAUACACACAGCAGAAGCAGCAGUCUUCAGCAUACACACAGCAACAGCAGCAGCAGCAGUCUUCAACUUACACACAGGGCAAGGGAACACAACAACAGCAGAAGCAGUCUUCAACAUACAGACAGCAGAAGCAGCAGUCUUCAGCAUACACACAGCAACAGCAGCAGUCUUCAACUUACACACAGGGCAAGGGAACACAACAACAGCAGAAGCAGUCUUCAACAUACACACAGCAGAAGCAGCAGUCUUCAGCACACACACAGCAGAAGCAGCAGUCUUCAGCAUACGCACAGGGCAAGGGAACACAACAACAGCAGCAGUCUUCAACAUACACACAGCAACAGCAGCAGCAAUAAUUAGAAGAUUAACACGUGGAUGUCGACGCCAGAGACAACCGACGACGACAUCAUCAUCAUCUGUCAUUGACACAUGUUCGUAAGAUCAUCAUACUAUCAUCACGUUUGAACAGCGGGCACCAUCAUCAGUAAGUAGGCUUCUUCCCAUCGUCAUCAUUAUUGACAAUCGGUGACAUCUGCUAGCAAUUCGUUAUCAUCCAUCACCAUAAUUCACCACCUUGCAGUGGCACACAAAAGUAAGAAAGCCAUCCGUCAACGUCGUCAUCAUCCAGGUGAUCGUCGUCAUCAUCGUCAUCAUCAUCGUGGAGAUUGCCGUGAGUGAUGGCGGAGGGUGUAGAAUGUUCGCAACACGGUGACGUGUCUGGAGGGGACUGCAGCACUUGUGAGUCCGAGAGUCCUGGGGUCAGCGAGAGCCCUCGACCCCUACUCCCCUCGGAGGAAGACCGUGUCCUCGACGAGGAGUCCAACACCUUUUUCUGGCGUGCGCACACGAUCACCGUCCUCUUCGUCCUCAUCUGCGUCCUCGUGCACGUCACCCUCGUCGAGGAGACGCCCACGGACUCGGCGUACAACCAGAAGAGAGGCUUUAUCGCCAGCCUCCUGGUGUUUCUCUGCUUCGGUGUGACGCAGGCGAAGGAUGGGCCCUUCACGCGGCCACACCCGGCGUACUGGCGCUUUUGGCUCUGCGCGAGCGUGCUCUACGAACUGGGGCUCAUCUUCAUCCUCUUUCAGACGGCGGACGACGGCCGUCAAUUCAUGAAGUUCAUUGACCCCAGCCUGGGCGUCCCGCUGCCCGAGAGGGACUACGGAGGGAACUGCCUCAUAUACGACCACGGCCGCCCCGGAAACCCCUUCCACAACGUCUGGGAUAAAUUUGACUGCUUCGUUCUGGCUCAUUGUCUUGGCUGGUUUGCCAAGACGCUGGUCAUCCGGGACUGGUGGAUGUGCACCAUCAUGAGCGUGAUGUUCGAAUUCCUGGAGUACUCCCUGGAGCACCAGCUGCCCAACUUCAGCGAGUGUUGGUGGGACCACUGGAUCAUGGACGUGCUGGUGUGCAACGGGCUGGGCAUUUACUGCGGCAUGAAGACCCUGGAGUGGCUGUCCAUUAAGCCCUACUGCUGGCAGAACCUCUGGAGCAUUCCUACCUACAGGGGUAAAAUCAAGCGCGUGGCGUUCCAGUUCACGCCGCACAGCUGGGUGCGGUUCGCGUGGAAGCCGGCGUCCAGCCUGCACCGCUGGCUCGCCGUCAUCGUCAUCAUCUCCGUGUUCCUGCUGGCCGAGCUCAACACGUUCUACCUGAAGUUCGUGCUGUGGAUGGCUCCGGAGCACUUCCUCAUCACGGUGCGCCUCGUCUUCUUCAUCCACUGCGGCGCCGUCUCCAUGCGCGAGGUCUACGACUUCCUGGACGACCCGAAGCUGAGCCGUAAGCUGGGGCAGCAGGCGUGGAUCACGGCGGCGGUGACGAUGACGGAGUUCCUCAUCGUCAUCAAGUACGACCCCGAGACGGUGUCGCGCCCGUUCCCCUUCCACGUGGCGCAGUGCUGGCUGCUGGGCGUGACCGGCGUCCUUGCGUGGACCGUGUGGAGGUUCUUCAUCCGCGAGAUCAGCUUAAAGUGGCGGGCGCGACGAGAGGGGCACGGCGACUCGACGCAACGGGACAGGAGUCGGUCGCACUCGGACACGGACACAAACUCGAAACACGCCCGUCCACGGCUUCGGAAGUUCGGGCUAACCGAGGGCCAAUCCAACGGGCACAUGUGAACAAGAGUGGCCGCUUGCGCGCGUGUGUGCUUUUUACGCGAUCCGGUCGCUCUACUUGUUAGCAAGAAACGAUUAAACGCGGCCACACCUGAAACGCGUUGCCUCUCUUUUAACGGCACCGCAAUUUGAAAAAAUUCGCUUUUGACCGAAGCGGGUAAAGGGAAAGAUACAUCCCCGCAAUUUCUUGCACACGCCACCUCCGCUAGAGGGUGUUUUGGUCUACUCUUCCACGCUGACCCAAUCAUCUUGGAAGGAGAUGGGUGUGCGCGCACAUCCCGCCCAGCACACGCGACCUACCGCUACCCGCGUGGCCUGCGUCUCUUGCCUGUAUGCGGCGUGGGGUCUUGCGUGCACGUGCGUCUCUCUCGCUGUGUGUCUGCGUGUACGAUCAUACGCACGUCCAUCCGUCUGCGUCAUCUCGCUCGAGGGUGUUUGGGUCUCCUAUACCAUGCUGCCCCCAAGCGUCUUGGAAGAGUUGGGAGUAGCCACACUUUAGCCCACCGCACGCGGCCUGCCCUUAAGACUGUUUUGACCCGAGUGCCUUUUGUGAUUUUUUGCGAUGCAUAAGGAGUUGGCGUGACAUGCAGAAGGGAACAAACAUGAAAUAUCACGCUGGAGGCAAUUGUUUUUGCGUACAAUGUCGAGCAAUGAUCUGUAGGGAAUCACUCGCUGGUGCGUUCCUUCUUAAACUGGUCACCUGCUUCGUAUUUAAUGCACCUCGUUUCGUAUGUUUAUGUGAUUAGCAAUAGCGUUCUAAGAUAAUUACGCGUGAAAUGACGUUACACGUGUACUAGGCGUGCAAAGCUUCACGACGCUCCACCCCCUCUCGGCGAACCGAUAAAUUGUCGGUGGCUUGGUGAUCGCCAUGCGACUGGCUGCGUUGCUUGACUGUGCUGGCUGAUGGAUGGGCUUUUGUUGAAUGGAGAAAUUGUGGAUGGUGUCUGGGGGGGGGAGGGGGGGGGUGAUUUCAACUGAGUUUGUACAUAUUUAAUAUGCAGUGUAUAUAUACAUAACAGGGUUUUCUCAAACUCAUCACAGUCCACCACUUGUCUGCCUUACCAUGUUCACGAGUCUUGGUGGUUGGCGCAGCGGUAGCAACAAAUAACUGGGUUCGAUUUCCCAGGUGCUUUUCUGCGUGGAGUUUUUAUUUUAUCCCCCUCUUAUGCAUGAGUUUCCUCUUUACUUCUAUAAAGUGAAACUUACAAUGUAACUGAUAUUGGCUAAACAUCCCAGUGCUGAAAAGGUACUUUCUAAUUACUCAAUUGGGAUCACACAAAGCAACAACAUCACCCCCCCCCCCCCCCCGCUGCAAGAAACUUGAGAGCCAUGCUGCACGCUGCUCAUUCUUGCUAGACAGUGUCCCCAUGCGACAGCCGAGUGAUAAUUUAAAUCCAGAUGGCCAUCUUGAUUAUGUGUGCGUGCGUGUUGUCUCACGCGAGAAGGUGGUGAAAGUUACCCGGCAAAGGCAUGGGCACAAUUCGAAGCAGGUUCUGCUUGCACGUUUGAUUUCGCCAAUAAUGCUUCCGAAAAAGAGUUUGUAUACAAUGCAGUUACAAUUUUAUUGUUGUUACAGGAACGCAUCGUUUAGACGGAGUGCUCUUGCCAAUAACGUCUGACACCCCAGUAAACGUUAUCUUUUACAAUCCUGAAUCUGCUGCUGACACACAGAAAGUCGAAACUGGUUCAGAGUUUCCGUGCUGAAACGCAUGCUACUGGAUAAUGAGUGGGCUGGGAAGACCAUGGGUUCACAGGGCAAUGUAUUUAAUUUAUGCGGAGACACAGAAAGGAGGUCUGCCUCUAUAUGUUUUUGUUUUUUUACAAAUUAUCCAGUGUUAUGGCACGUGCUUCACAAUCAUCGGUUGUGCACAGCAUGUGACCACUUAGUUUGUAUUUGAACAGAGGCGAUUGGUUGAACUUGGAAAGAUCAACGUUAAUUUUAUGCCACCAGGUAAGAACUUAAGAGACCAAGAUGAAGUCCGUAUUGUUUGCAAGGGCGACCUGGGGCAUUCGUCUGCCCGUGGGGGACGAUGAUUAUAUAUAAUCCCGAUCGAGUCCUUUUGCGGAUCGAUUUUCGAAAUUUGGACCCUGACGGUGGCACACACGGACCGGCCCACUCUCGCGAAUCACGUCGUCACGGGGCUCUUCAACCUCCGCUGUGAAGCAGAGGGCGCGUGGUGUCGCCACGGUUAUUGCCAACACCGGCGUUGAUAACCAGGGCAGCCGCUGGAUUCGAACCGCGAGCCUCUGCAGCAAACGGUGCACGCGCUAGGUGUGCGUGCGUGUGCAUUGCGGUGCGUCGCUAGCGACUGGCGUUUGAGAACUCCUGCACUUUAAAAUGUGUAUUUGCUAUGCAAAAAAUUACUCUGCUCGCUAUCGGCAGCAUCUUAACAUGAACGCUCUCAAGUGUGAACUUUGCCCACAGCAGUUUAAGGUUUUUCUCAAAAAUAGCUUUUUCGCAGUUGGUUGAUUGCUUGUAAAAUUCAGUGUAUCUCAACACGAAGUAAUAUGUAUGCACACGUACAUUUGUUUCGCUGUGUUGACGUGUUGAUGAAUUGCCGACGUUUCGUGCUGCUGCUGCGUCGGUUUUCGCGUUGGUGCUGCUGAGCUGUCCGAUGUAUGUUCGCGUUGAACGCGAUUUCCGGCGUUUCACUCGUCACGCGAGGAUCGUCUUCGGCAACUGAAUUGUCAAAGCCCUAAAAUACAUCGUAGAGCCACCGAGGAGCAGUUAGUGCUCGCGAUCUGAAUUUGUGGACCGUGUCCUUUUUAACAUGCGCUGUCUACCACAAGACUUGUGGGUAAGGACGUUACUUUUGUGAUUUUUUUUUAAUGUAGUUUUCACUUUAAAAUAUGGGAGACCCGCUUACAAUGUCCUCACUCGCUCGUGAAUUUGAGAGGUAUUUUGAAACAAAGCGUUGUGGCUUUCCAAUACCGUGUAGUGGGAGUAUUGAUAUUUGCAGCCGAGAUUCUUGCCACGGGUUUAAAAAACAAAAUCACGGUGUAGCUCCUUUUCGGAGGUUGUCAUAAACGGCUCUCCUGACGUGUUUUUGAGGUUGUACCGCAGGUUGUUCGGUACAAUGUCCGACGGUUCGCUACACAUGCGGGGAAAGUUUUCUCUUAGGAACGAGAAGAAACGCGCAGCAUGUGGGGUGAACAGUCGGACAUCGCGACGGACAACGCACGGACACAACCCACAAACACAGCGGAGAAUUAUCCCAGUGUAGAUGUCACAAAGAGGCUUCCUUAAGGAAUAUGCCUCUUGAUAAACCUCAAACACCGUGUAGUGUGGGGAUUUGUAAAUCGAUCAUCUGGUGUGACCUUCACGAAGGACUGAGCAAUAAAAUGAUGAAUAUUGUCAUAUUUGUAAUUUACAGCUCUUUAUCAGUCCACUUCUGGAUGGAAGGCACUCCCACACUGUCGGUUGUGGUUGUCGUUUGAUAAUCCUUCGACACUCUGGUCAGCAUGGAUUGGUGAUGACCUAACCCAAUUUUCGUUACUUGAAUUUACUCCGGUGUAAAAUAUACCCCCGACAGGGCUGGCUGACGGUCACACAUUUAAAAACUUCCAGUUUAUCUCUUCCAACCUUCAGUGUCUCCGUUAUAUUGUUUGUAAAUGUGCUGCCUGUGUCGUUGUUAUCUUGUUAUAUUUCUCCAAUUUUGUUUGGGACAGAUGCUAAGGAGGACUAUUACCAGUGGAGGUAUUCAUUGCUAAAUAUUGCAGGUGUCCCCUGAUUGCUGCUGGGAAGAGAUUGGUGAGUAGAGGAAUUAAUUUCAGCCAGAGAUGUCUGGGGCUGAGCUCCAGAAAAUAUAUAUUUUAAAUUAAGCCCUGGGGCAGAUGGAUUUAUAUUUAUAUAAGAUUGCGUGGUCAGAAGAGCUGCAUAUUCCGGUGGGUUUUAAUUUUUGUACCGUAGGGUGAGAAUU